AUGGUGUCAAAUACCACACUGGAGCUGAUAAACGUGACUUCCUUGAGCCGCAACGUCAGUAUCUCCAUACCGCCCAGCACUCGUUACUUCUCGGUUGGCCUGGGGAGAUUCCCCAGUAAAGGUGGCAUUGUUGCUCCAGGAAUGAGUGUUAAGUACACGGUCAGUUUCACUCCAGACAGCCUGGGUGACUACAAGGAUUUUAUACAGGUAAAGACGCGGGCUGAGAGCGUACUUGUGGUACCCAUUGAAGCAUGGCGUCCUCCUCCUAAACUCACCUUGUCAAGAGUCCUGGACUGUGGUUUUUGCCUGGUCGGUGGAAAAAAGUGUGUUGAGUUCUCUUGCCAAAAUGUCGGCCUCAGCAGUGAGAGUUUUUACAUCUUCCCAAAGAGCCUGUGGCCAGUCUCAGAUCUUAGGUCUGUAGUUGGAACAAACUCCACUGAGCAGCCACCCUUUGCAGUGACUCCAUCGCUGUUCGUGCUGCAGCCUGGCGAGGCUACUGUUGUACAAGCUCUGUUUUACAUUUAUACCGUUUCCAUCAAAGGUGAAGGUCAAGUGAUCUCACUAGAGCUUGUUUCCGUAUCUGGGGAGAAGGGCCCUCCUGUGUUGGGAGAGGUGCGCGACAACGCUGCACAGCACCUUGUCCGUUUCAGCCCAUGCAACCCUCACUCUGUGCAACACAAGUCGCUUGUCAUCAGAAACAACAUCAACGUGGAGAUGCCUUUCAAAUGGGAAAUCAUGAAGCCCGAUCUGGAUCAUCUGCUUCCAGAGGAAACCCCCAAGUCUGCACAUAUUCAGUCCCACCCGGACACAGACGAUGUUGUCCACAUCAGCCCUUUAACAGGCGUCCUGGCUCCUUGCCAGGUCCAAGAGUUUUGCAUCAGUUUCAGUCCGAAGGAAUUGAAGGAUUACUGCUGUGUCAGUCACUUAGUUGUAAGGGAUGUCCCCCAGCUGCCCCCAGAGCCCAGUGAGCACAGUGUUUCUCAGCCUGGCCCCAAGGUGAGUGACGUCAUCGUCAUGAAAGUAAAGGUCCAGGGACGUACAGAGCCGUACCAGAUCCUCCUGGAACCCCAUGCUGUUUUAAUGCCUGGAGACAUCCUUAUACACACCACCACUUGCAGGCUAUUUAAGAUGUUGAAUUAUAGUAAAACCUUCAUUUUAUUUCAAUGGGAGACGCUGAACAGGAGUGGCCAUGUGAUAGAAGUAAAGCCAUCUGCUGGUAGAAUAGAGGAGAACAGCAUCUUUGAGUUCAAGCUUGUUGUGACUGGAGGGAAACCAGAGAAGAUUGUGACCAGCUUGAUCUGCAACAUACAACACCACCACAAGCCCAUCACUUUGCCUGUAGAAGUCUCUUUCAAAACCACCAGCUGUGAUGGCAGUGACUCUCCUGUUGAUAAUUGUUUCCUCGAUGUUUUUACCAGUCACCUGAGGGUGCGAGCAGAUGUGCAGUCUCCUCAGGCGUGCCUGUUUAACUGCAGGCUUGUCCUCUCUGAACUUUACCUUGGAGUUCCCACCACAGCCGGCGUGACUCUUUUCAAUCAGACUCUGCUGCCGUCACACUUCAGCUGGAUGGAUGUGGAAGAGGAGAACGUUAUAUCUGAGGAUGACUUGAGAGAAGAGAAGACUUCCCUUCAUCCUUCUGCUGUGAAGAAAAACUUAGUCUCCGUCCACAUCAGACCGCAUGUGGGCAACCUCUCAGAUGAGCCUUACUGCAUCACACCACGACAAACAGUGAUUCCAGGGAAGAGCACUGCAACCGUUUGUGCCUCCUUUACACCUGUGACUCUCUCUGGGACGGCCUGUGAGUCCACAUGUGUGGGCCAGGCGCUGGGUUUCAGGAGACUAGAAUGCCAGACUAGAGCUUAUGUCCCAGGUAAAGUUAGAAGGGUACAGGGUUUGGAUUUGGAGCCUAUCCGACUGGAUCUGCAGGCAGCCGUUAGCCCUGCAGUGCUGUUAGUGCAGAUGGAGGAGGACGACGGGGUGCUGCAGUUCACCGCCUCUGCCGGGGAUUUACUGAAGGCAGAAUCUGACAAAGAGGUCAGUGUUUGCGAAUUUGAUGUUAAACAGAGAUUUCAGCUUAAGAGCCCCUUGAAGAUGCCCUUACGCUUCAGACUGGAGACUGAGCCUCUAUUUUCAGUUUUCAAGUCUCUGUCUCAAGCUCGGACCAGCAUCUCCAGCAGCACUCCCACAGAUGACAGUGAUUACCCUCUUGUACUACAACCUGAAGAAUGGAUCAGGGUGAAAGUGGCCUUUCACUGUUCCUUGCCACUUGUGGACACUGUGGAUCAGCAAGGAGAGGAACUCCUCCCCACAGUGAUGCUGAUCCACAGUGCAAGUGGUCAGAAGAAGCUUCGCUUUGAGCAAAACCUCCAGAUCACCUUCAGCAACAACACCCAGCAGACGGUGCCUCUCCGAGCCCAUCUGUAUCUCCCUACACUGAGUCUGUCCUGCGACUCCCUCAGCUUCGGGUUUUGUUACGUUGGGCAGACACAGACUAAAGACGUGAACCUAAACAUCGCAGGAGGUCACAUCUACUGGAAGUCACUUAUAGAGUCUGGUGAAGGAGAAUCGGAUGUGUUUAGAGCUACACCUGAUUUUGGGCUUCUCAAAUCCAACAAGCCCUACGCGACCGUCUGCAGCCAGAGUCUACAGCUCAGCUUCACUCCCAGCGAGGACAGAGAGUUCAAGGCCGUCAUGGUCAUCACGUCUCCUUUGGGGAAGAUUCCCGUCACUCUGCAGCUCCAGGGAACAGGAUCCUUGGAUGAGGUGCACGUCCGUGUGACGCCACAGUCCCCACAUGUGUUAUAG